ACAUUGUAAAACUUUGGGGGCAGAGGAGGAAGGUGUAUCCAAAUAGCAGUGCGGAUUACUAAGGUUACUAAAAAUGAUUCAGAUAUUGCUCUGUGGAAAAAAAUGGGUUUACCCUCCUUUAAUUCAAAACGUCCACGUUAAAUACACUAGAGCCUAAAUGUAUUGGAUUACUGGAUUGUAACAGGAGGAUUUAAGCACAUAACCGCCUCCUUUAAUUUCAUUUUAACGUGAAAAACAUGAGCGGGCUGAGGCGCUCGGUCAGUGCGGGAGGGUGAACAGCUCUCCCGGGAGCCAAAGUUCCACAGCGGCAACACGGGCGCCGGGACUGGCGCGGAGCCAGCCGGGGGCGCGCAGGACCGCGCAGGGAGCUGUCGGGGCCGGGUGCCGGUUCCCGGUGCCCGUUCCCGGUGCCGGCUCCCGGUGCCCGUUCCCGGUGCUGCUCCCGGUGCCCGUUCCCGGUGCCCGUUCCCACGGGUCCCGGGCCGUUGGGCGCGGCCGUUAUUCCCGCCCGCCCAUUCCCCGCGCGGCGGGCGGGGCGCCGGGGGCGGGCGGGGGACGGACGGGACGGGACAGGGGAGGACAGGACGGGACAGUGCCGUGCCGCUUCCCCGCACCGCCGGGACAGCGACGCCGAGUCUCCCGCCUUGCGGCCGCCCCGCCAUGGCUCUCAGCUCCGAGCGGCUCUUCGACUCGCUGGGACAUUUCGGCAGGGGCAGGCAGGAGCAGCAUUUUGGACAAAGCCUGGGAGCUCCUUGUAAUGGUUGAAGUGCCUGAACUGCAGCAGGAGAGGCUCUUAAUAUCAUGUGCAAGCAGUAGUGAUUUCAAGCAUGUGUUUAUUUUGCAUCUGUCUUUCAAGCUAUGUCAUGUGGUAUCCAUUACUUAGCAUCUGUGUUCAUGGCUGUUACUCCUAACUUUGUAUGUGGGUUCCCUGGAAAUGUGAGUAGUGUUCUUUUCCACAACUCCUCUGCAUCAAGUAUAGAGGACAUCUGGACACUAUGGACAUCAACAGAAAAUUACAUUGUAGUCCAGCUGGAAAAUGGAGAAAUUUGGGAACUUGAUCAAUGCAGCAGGUCCAAACGAGAAGUCAGUUUGGAUCUGGCAUACGAAUACAAAGGCAACAAGUCUGUAUUUCCCUGUUCUGAUGGAUUUCUCUACGAUGAUACAAAGUGGAAGAGCACUGUUGUUACGCAGUGGGAUCUGGUCUGUGACCGAGAAUGGCUUGCAAAAUUAAUCCAGCCUACGUUCAUGCUUGGAGUCCUGAUUGGAGCCGUGAUUUUUGGUGACAUUGCUGACAGACUGGGAAGACAGCGUGUUAUAUGGUUCACAAGUGCUGGUCAGUUUGUAUUUGGCAUCGCAGUGGCCUUCACAUUUGACUACUACAGUUUUGUGAUCGUGCGCUUUCUCCUUGCUAUGGUUUCAAGUGGCUAUCUGGUUGUGGCUUUCGUUUAUGUGACUGAAUUUGUUGGCAUUAAAGCACGAACCUGGGCUUCUAUGCAUGUCCAUGCUUUUUUUGCUAUGGGAAUUAUGAUCGUGGCACUCGUGGGAUUUUUGGUUCGGACCUGGUGGGUCUAUCAGAUAUUUCUCUCCAUAGCAACUCUUCCCUUUGUCUUGUGCUGCUGGAUGCUCCCAGAAACACCUUUUUGGCUCCUGUCAGAGGAAAGAUAUGAAGAUGCCCAAAAAGUGAUUGAUACAAUGGCAAGAUGGAAUAAAGUCAGCACUCCCUGCAAGGUUUCUGAACUGUGCUCAGUCCAACAAGAUGAUCUAGCCAGUGGCAGAACAGAUGAUGGUGAUACAUCCUCAACAAAGAAGCACAACAUCUUGGACCUGUUUUGUAACUGGCAAAUUGCAAGAAGGACCAUCACAGUCUGGCUGAUCUGGUUCACUGGGAGCUUGGGGUACUACGUCUUCUCCCUCAGUUCUGUCAGUCUAGGAGGCAAUGAAUAUUUAAAUCUCUUUCUCAUAGGUGCUGUGGAGUUGCCUUGCUAUAUCAUUGCUUGCAUUGCGAUGGACAAACUGGGAAGGAGGAACACACUCAUUCCGUUCCUUAUUUUAAGUGCACUGAUCUGUGUUUUAAUUAUGUUCAUACCUCAGGAUUUCAAUAUAUUAAUUAUCUUAGCAAAUAUGGCUGGAAAAUUUUCCAUAGGUGUGGCAUUUGGCCUUAUAUAUCUCUACACAGCAGAACUGUACCCAACAAUUGUAAGAUCACUUGCUGUUGGAAGUGGAAGCAUGAUGUGCCGUGUGGGAAGUGUGGUUGCUCCUUUCUGUGUCUAUCUGAGAAGUGUUUGGAUUUUCAUGCCUCUUUUGCUUGUUGGAAUCAUGGCUCUUCUGAGUGGACUAUUAACCAUAAUGCUUCCAGAAACACUGGGAAAACCACUGACUAAUACUUUGGAGGAAGCUACAGAAAUGGGAAGAAACAAGAAAAGCUGUUCCGAAAAGGCUCCUCCAGCACAAAGCGGUGCAGCAUUAGAAAAGAUAGAGAUGUUUGGUCAAGAAAGGGUCAAUACUGACAAAUAAAACAGCAGCAAAA